AUGGUCGACCUCGAGCCUCCUCCCAUGGAUAUGUUCCCGAGUUUUGCCUCUGAGCUCGCCUCUUGUUGCAUUAGCAAGGGAGGCCGCGUCGGGGUUCAGAAGACCGUACCCAUCAUUAAACAGUCCAGUUCUUCUGAAGCCUUGUCUGGCGUUAACAGAGAUCUCCACCAAUCUUCAUCGCCUCCUGAUAUCAAAGUCUCAAAGCUAUUUCAGUCUUCAAGCCCAGUGUCAGUUCUUGAGAGCAGUGACGGUUCUUUCUCGCCCCAGAACUCCAGAUCCCAGAGGUUGGCGGAUUUUUCUGUGAAAGGCAUGAGGAGCAAGCGCAAGCGCCGUACAACACUGAGAUCUAGAUACCUUUACCCGUUUGAACCCAGUAUGCCCGAGAAGUUCCCUCCGGGCGAAUCAGGAUCCGAGACUUGUGAGCAACAUGCUGCCAAGAAGAAACGCAGGAUUCUCCCGAGCAGCCACACGGUGUCUUACAAUCCAGAGGCGAGUAACUGUGACGGGAUAGUCCGGAAAUGCACUCAUUGUGAGACAACCAAGACUCCGCAGUGGAGGGAAGGACCCAGUGGACCAAAGACACUCUGCAACGCUUGCGGGGUCCGGUUCAGAUCUGGCCGUCUAGUUCCAGAAUACAGGCCAGCCUCAAGCCCCACCUUCAUCCCAUCUGUGCAUUCAAACUCGCACAGGAAGAUCAUAGAGAUGAGGAGGAAGGAGGACGGCCAGUUUGACACCAGCAUGAUUCACGGGGUGAUAUCCGGAGCAUGA